UUUCCCUGGUUAUUUGAGCACCAAUUUCCUGAGUUGUUACAGUUUUUGUGCAUUUUUUUUCUUUCUUUCAGAAUUACUUUUGUUUCUGCUACUGGACAUUUUCAUAUGCAUGAUUUAGCGUUGGAGUCAAACCCAUCUGACCAUCCUAGAGCAAGCACAAUUUUCUUGAGCAAAUCCCAAACAGAUGUGAGAGAGAAGAGAAAGAGCAACCACAUCAACCAUGUUUCCCCGGGGCAGCUUACAAAAAAGUAUAGUUCAUGUUCAACUAUAUUUAUAGAUGACAGCACAGUCAGCCAACCUAAUCUUAGGAGCACAAUAAAAUGUGUUACUUUAGCAAUAUAUUAUCACAUAAAGAACAG